AUGGAUUCUUGGGACAAAGUUUGCUUGCCUAAGGCUUUUGGGGGGCUCGAUUUCAGAAAUGGCCAGCGUUGGAAUCAUGCUAUAUUAGCUAAGUAUAUUUGGGCUGUCUCUGAAAAGCAUGAUGUAUUGUGGGUAAAAUGGAUCAACUCAGUUUAUCUGAAAGGCUCUGAUUUCUGUUCCUAUAGAUUACCUCAGGAUACCAGCUGGUAUUGGAGGAAGUUAUGCAAUAUCAGAGGUAAAUUCAGUAGGGAGGAUAUCAUUGCUGCUGGUUUAAAUAGGAAGUUUAACUCUGCCAAUCUAUAUAUCCAGUCCUUGAAUCAUGUUCAGGUCAUAAAUGCUCAGUUACUGACUUUUGAUAAUUUGUUGAGGUUCAAAGUUCCUCUUGAUUCUGUCAUGUGCCCAGUUUGUGGUGUUAAUGAAGAGAGCCACUCUCACUUAUUUUUUGCCUGUUCUUUAUCAGUUAAGGUUCUGGAGAUCCUAGCUGAGUGGCUGAAUAUCAGGUUAUGGCCUUAUGAAUUUUACAGAUGGAGAGAUUGGCUUUCUAGCAGGAACAAUGGGUUACUAUCUCACAUUUAUAACAUGUUGUUUGUUGAUGUUGUGUACUGCAUUUGGAGGAACCAAAAUUGCUGUAUUUUUUAUCUCUAUUCUCAGACUGCAUCCAGUAUAGCUGCUGAAGUUAGGCUUUUAAUGCAGAACAAGCUUAUUAGUAUUAGUAAGAAGAAGUUAUCUGUUCAGGGAACUUGUUUAAUUGCUCAAUUUACUAUGUAA